CUUGAACGCCAGUUGAAUGAGGAAAAGACCGCAGCACAGCAAGCUUCCAGAUUGGCCCAAACCAAGGCAGGGGAGGCAUCGAUUUUGAGACAGAAAGAUGAGGCCGCUUCGCGCAAGCACCAGGAACAGAUUUUCCACAUGGAGCAGCAACAUGCCGACACCUUAGCCAACCUCAAGCUUGAAAUCGAGUCCCUACGAAAGCAGCAGGAUAAGAUAAGCACCAACAACCUAUUCCUCGAGAACGAAGUCUUGGAGGCAGCACACAGGGCAAAGCAAUCCAAGACCAAAAAGUAUGCCACAGGAGAAAAAAGUCCAUUUACCACCCCAAGGAAGGGACGUACGGCUCUUCCGUUCCGAGAUGGUUUUGAUGAUGAUGAGCUGUCCAUGGUCUCCCCGUCGAAGUUCAAAGAUCGAGCAAAACCAUCAACACCCAAAGCUGGCAAUAAAAGGAAGCGGAUGGUGAUCGAUGAUAGCCCAUCGCAACCCCUCGCGCUCAGUGAUGUCCAAGAACACCCUGCAACCGUGGCUGCCCCAGCAGUCGGAGAACCGGAACCUCCCUAUCCAUUAGGAAUAGACGAUGAGAAGCAUGACAUUGUCCAACAGAUCUUGAACCAUCGCCAGUCAAAUUCACCAGACCGGGUCAUCGAGAAAUUAGCGGACCAUCAUCUUCCUGAAGACUCGAAACGGAUUUCAUCCCUCGUUCUUGACAGUUUGCUUUCGGCAGCAGCCAAGAGUGAUGUUGCGGAAUUACCGUCGUCACUCUGCCGCUCACUGGCCGUGAUAUGGUCGACGGUGCUAAAAGCGAAAUGCUUCGGACCCGUACAUCUUCUCAUGGACCUCGUCCAUUUUUCCUUCCGCCUUAGCCUCAUGACAGUUCCCAUCAAUGUUUCGCUCGAUAUCCUUGAGGUUGUAAUGACGUCUAUCGAUCUAGUUGCUAUUCCGAUCGGCCGAGCAGCUACCAAUGAGGCCUUUCCGAGAACUGCAGACGAGAGACACCUUGAGGAAUUCAUCAAUGUCGAAUCUUGCCUUUCUCUUCUUCUCAGCAUCGCAUCCCUCUACGCGGGCGAUGCAAUCAUGGCGCAGAAAUUUUGGUCCGGAAUGACUUAUGAUUUCAUUCUACUAAUGCUUAUGACAGCUCAGCCAAUGCCUCAAAUCCUGUUGAUGCUUCGACUGCUACAAGCGUCCGUGUUGCCGUCCAGUUUUGGGGCGGUUUCAUUAGGAGAUGCAAAAUCUGGAGAACGGCAAACUCGCAGUGAGAACAGUACGAUCGACCGACUUAUCAACCUUUUGCUGCAGACCCCUCAUGCUGAUAAGCAACGGGUCCCUCAGUGCAGUCGGCUCGACGUUGUCAACUUGCGCGUGGAGACGUUGGGUGUGCUGAUGGCCAUUGCCAGUACCGAUCACGGAGCACAGCGGCUGGCUAACCAUCGCACCGCAAUUGGGAGACUUUUCAUUUUCCUGUUUGACUCUAUGAACGAGCUACACAGGUCUCGGCCUCGAACGCAAUCGGCAACGGCUAAUGCGAUUAAUUUGACAGUGCGGAUACUAUUUGUUGUCAUCGACAAAUACCGUGAUACUAUCGACAUGAGACAGAAGCUGAGUGUGGUUAACGGUGGCACACAUGUCCACCUCGUCGCUUUAACACGUCUUACGUUCUCUGAGCGACUCGUACUUGAUGAAGGUAUCGAUCCGGAUGUCAUCGAGUCUGCUCGGUCAUUGUUAAGCACGUACGUGACGUACGACGAAGGCACGGCCAUCGAAGCGAUAUAUGCACCGCCAGCCUCGGGUGCUCGCACGAUCAACACCGAUUCACUUGACCCUUAA